GUUAUCAUGUCGCAGACGCUUUUUUGAAUGAUGGAUCUUACAAGGUGAAAAUCCUUCGAAGAAAGCCGGAAAACGUAAACGCGAAUGCUAGUUCGUUAGCCGAAAGAGGCGCAGAAAUCGUAUAUGCGGAUUAUAGUCAAAAAGAUGAGCUUGUCAAAGCUCUUAAAGGAACCGAUGUUCUGAUCAGUACCGUAAGGACACAAGGUAAUAAUGAUACCUUUUACGAUGCUCAAUUACCACUAUUGACUUCCGCAAAAGAAGCCGGUGUAAAGAGAUUCAUCCCGUCUGAAUUUGGUAGCGAAUUUCCUGGACUUGAGUAUACGAUCAUAAACAACGGGGUAUUCUCUGAAUACCUUGACUUUAUAGGAUUUGACGCUAAGAACAAGAAAGUCACGUUCAUGACCUCACUUAAAAUCCCAGAUGCUCGUAACGCUUAUAUAAGAGUUGCUGCCGACACCUUGUCAUUCAAUGAGUUGCUUAAAAAGUUUGAAGAAACUUCUGGCUCCAAGUGGGAAGUUGUUGAAGAUAGGGAAAUACGAAAACGUUUCCUAGAAAAGAUCGACCCAGUUCCCUCGCCUCUUGAGGAAUUGCAAGCCUUUAUUUGCGAAAACACGCGAUUCGCAAAGACAGAUAACGAUAAAUUCAGAUUCACUCCUAUUUCUAUCGAUGAUGUUAUCAAAGCAUUAGUGAAGGGAUCCCAAAAAUUUUUUGAUUCGUAG